AUGGUAGAAGUCAGAACGGAGUCAGGGCCUAGACUGGCUGCGACAGAAGCAGCAGAAACGGCAGCAGGAGGAGGAUCAGGAAUCGGGACAACUGAAAAUGAUUCAAUCAGUUUUGCAUCAGUUUCCGCGUUGGAGCGGCAGUCAACGGAGAUUUCUUGCAAUGGAGAGUUAAAAAAUGCCGAAACGAGUGAUAAUUCGAAGAGUCAAAGGAAACUGCAGCAUCAUCUUUCCAGAGAAGAAAUUAAAGAUUAUUUCAGGACACGAUUUACGACACUUUUCCCCACUAGGAAAAGCCUAAAACAGGCAAGAGAACAGUAUCCGUUGAAUCCGUUCCCGGCGUUGAGACUAAUGACAUGGCAGCAGACCCAAUUUUUCUUAGUUGGUCUUCUUGCUUGGACUUGGGAUGCACUUGAUUUUUUCUCUGUCUCCCUUAAUAUGGCUGCUAUCGCAGAUGAUUUGAAUUCAACGGUAAAGGACAUUUCACACGCUAUUACUUUGGUUCUGUUAUUGCGUGUCGUUGGUGCUAUUAUAUUUGGAUACGCAGGUGAUAAAUUUGGGAGAAAAUAUCCGUACUGUGUUACAAUGGUUUUGAUUAUCAUAGUUCAACUGGCACAGGGAUUUGUAAAGAGCUAUAGUGCAUUUUUGGGCGUAAGAGCUAUAUUCGGCAUAAUAAUGGGAUCGAUAUACGGUGUCGCAAGUGCAACGGCGUUAGAAAAUGCUCCUGUAGAGGCAAGAUCUAUUUUAUCCGGUAUCUUUCAGCAAGGAUAUGCGCUUGGAUAUCUAUUGGGUGUUGUAUUUGUCAGAGCUAUUGUGGAUAAUUCUUCCCACGGUUGGAGAGCGUUAUUUUGGUUUAGCGCUGGUCCACCGGUUCUAUUUAUCAUCUGGAGAUUGCUAUUACCAGAGUCACCAACCUACGUUAGAUUGAAGGAAGAGCAAAAGAGAUCAGCAAUAAGAACGAACAAUGGCAAAUCAAUUUUUUGGAGAAAUGCUCGUGCAGUAUUGAAAUAUUACUGGAUCACUAUGGUUUACUUGGUUAUAUUAAUGGCGAUGUUUAAUUUUUCAUCUCAUGGUACACAGGAUUUAUUCCCCACAAUGUUGACGAGACAAUAUGAUUAUUCCGAAGAUGCUUCAACUGUUACAAAUUCUGUUGCGAAUUUAGGAGCAAUAGCUGGUGGAAUAAUUGUUGCACAUAGUUCAGCAUUUAUUGGCCGUAGAUUUGCGAUUAUGGUUUGUAUCAUAAUUGCUGGCGCGCUUUUGUAUCCGUGGGGCUUCGUAUCAGAUAAGAGUGGUCUCAAUGCGUCCGUUUUUUUCUUACAGUUUUGUAUACAAGGUUUGUGGGGUUGUUGUCCAAUUUAUCUAAUGGAAAUGUGUCCAAUGGAAUUUAGGACAUUCUUAACAGGUGUAGCCUACCAAAUGGGUAAUAUGAUUAGUAGUGCCUCUUCCACUAUAGAAGCUACUAUCGGAGAAAAAUUUCCAGUUGAAGGUAAACCCGAAGGGGUCUAUGAUUAUGGAAAAGUUAUGGCAAUAUUUAUGGGUUGUGUACUUGCUGUUUUCCUCGUGGUUAUCAUCUUGGGUCCUGAAAAUAAAGGUGGUGAAGUCAUUCUUAAUGAUGAUAUUGUUUCUUCUAGAGGUUCAUUGGAACGUGUGCGCUCGGAGGAUUUAGAAGCCAACAAUCAACUAGAUGUAGAGGAGAUAAAGCCUCAUAGUACCCAUAAAGAAUGA